AUGGCAGCUCCAUGCACUGCACCUGGCACCUCCCACCUGCCCCUGUGCCCUGCCCGGCGGCCAUCACCACCCGUGUCCCCGCCCAGCGGCCGUCACCACCUCUGUGUCCCCACCCAGCGGCCACCACCACCCCUGUGUCCCCGCCCGGCGGCCAUCACCACCCCUGUGUCCCCACCCGGCGGCCAUCACCACCCCUGUGUCCCCGCCCGGCGGCCAUCACCACCCGUGUCCCCGCCCGGUGGCCAUCACCACCCCUGUGUCCCCACCUGGCGGCCGUCACCACCCGUGUCCCCGCCCGGCGGCCAUCACCACCCCUGUGUCCCCACCCGGCGGCCAUCAUCACCCGUGUCCCCGCCCGGUGGCCAUCACCACCCCUGUGUCCCCACCCGGCGGCCAUCACCACCCGUGUCCCCGCCCGGUGGCCAUCACCACCCCUGUGUCCCCGCCCGGCGGCCGUCACCACCCGUGUCUCCGCCCAGCGGCCAUCACCACCCCUGUGUCCCCACCCGGCGGCCAUCACCACCCCUGUGUCCCCGCCCGGUGGCCGUCACCACCCCUGUGUCCCCGCCCGGCGGCCGUCACCACCCCUGUGUCCCCGCCCGGCGGCCGUCACCACCCGUGUCCCCGCCUGGCGGCCGUCACCACCCCUGUGUCCCCGCCCGGCAGCCGUCACCACCCGUGUCCCCGCCCGGCGGCCGUCACCACCCGUGUCCCCGCCCGGCGGCCAUCACCACCCCUGUGUCCCCACCCAGCAGCCAUCACCACCCGUGUCCCCGCCCGGCGGCCGUCACCACCCGUGUCCCCGCCCGGCGGCCGUCACCACCCCUGUGUCCCCGCCCGGCGGCCGUCACCACCCCUGUGUCCCCGCCCGGUGGCCGUCACCACCCGUGUCCCCGCCCGGUGGCCAUCACCACCCCUGUGUCCCCGCCCGGCGGCCAUCACCACCCGUGUCCCCACCCGGUGGCCAUCACCACCCCUGUGUCCCCACCCGGCGGCCGUCACCACCCGUGUCUCCGCCCAGCGGCCAUCACCACCCCUGUGUCCCCACCCAGCGGCCAUCACCACCCGUGUCCCCGCCUGGCGGCCGUCACCACCCCUGUGUCCCCGCCCGGUGGCCAUCACCACCCCUGUGUCCCCGCCCAGCGGCCGUCACCACCCCUGUGUCCCCGCCCGGCGGCCGUCACCACCCGUGUCCCUGCCUGGCGGCCAUCACCACCCCUGUGUCCCCGCCCGGCAGCCGUCACCACCCGUGUCCCCGCCCGGGCGGCCAUCACCACCCCUGUGUCCCCGCCCGGCAGCCGUCACCACCCCUGUGUCCCCGCCCGGUGGCCAUCACCACCCGUGUCCCCACCUGGAUGCUGUCACUCCAACCUGGCUUCCAUAAUGACUGCCUGGGCCUCCCUGCAAGGUGCACUCCGGCCAUAG